AUGUGUUUAGACGAUAGGAUUACAAAGGCAGUCAAGAAGAUGGGUUUUGAACAUCCAACACUGAUACAAGCAAAGGCUGUACCACUCUCAUUGCAAGGCAAAGAUAUACUUGCCAAGGCCAGAACAGGAAGUGGUAAGACUGCUGCCUACUCAAUCCCAAUCGUUCAAAAGAUCCUCAUGGCCAAGUCUGUUAAAGGAUUUAGUAAGGGAGUUAGAGCAGUUGUGUUGGUACCAACAAGAGAGCUAUGCGAGCAGGUUAGGAAUCACUUCCUUCAGGUGUGCUAUUAUUGUAUGCCCAUUGUGUCUGUAGUGCAAUUGGGAGGCGAUCAGUCAGAGGCUGAGCAGAGGGGUCUGUUGCGAGACAUUCCCGAUGUGAUCAUCUCGACACCCACUCGUCUGGUCACACAUCUCAAAGCACGCUCAGUCGUGUUGGAGAGCUCAUUGGAGAUGCUCGUCAUUGAUGAGGCUGAUCUCGUCCUGUCCUAUGGCUAUCAAGAGGACAUCAACUUUAUCAAGACUGCGCUGCCCAAGGUCUGUCAAGGAUUCCUCAUGUCUGCCACACUCACUCCACAAGUCGAGGAGCUCAAGAAGCUCAUCCUCCACACACCCGCCAUUCUCAGAUUGGAAGAGGAUCAUGCUGAGAAGGCUAACCUCUCAGAGUAUUCAAUCAAAUGCUCCAACAUGGACAAGUUCUUGUUGGUAUUCUCAUUGCUGAGACUAAAGUUGAUGCAGGGCAAGAUUCUAUUCUUUGUCAAUGACACUAACAACUGUUAUAAGCUCAAGUUGUUCUUGGAGAGAUUCCAUAUCAAGGCGGCAGUACUCAACUCUGAGUUGCCAAUCAACUCAAGACAUCACAUCAUCCUUCAGUUCAAUAAGGGAAUGUUUGAUUACCUUAUCGCCACUGAUGAGUCCUUCAGACAGACUGCCGUGGAGUUGAAUGAUGAUGAGGAGGAAGAUGUGGAUGUCAAGGAAGAGGAACUAGAGGACGAUGAUGACGAACAGGAAGAUGAUGAAGAGGAGAUUGACGUCGAUGAGCAAGAGAGUGGAGAUGAUGAGGAAAUCGAAGUAAAGGAGGAGAAGGUCACCGAUGACGAACAAGAGGACGAUGAUGAGGAUGAGGAGGAUGAGGAAGACGAGGAGUCAGAGAUCCAAGUUAAGGAGGAGAAGGAUAGCGAUGAUGAUGAAGAUGAUGCUGCCAACGAAGAUGAUUUCUUUAACAACAAGGAUGACGAUGAGGAACAAGAGGCUGAGGACGACGAAGAGACCAAGCCAGUUCCAAAGGUGAAGCACGAGAAGAAGACAAAAUACACAGAUACCGAGUAUGGUGUUGCCAGAGGUAUCGACUUUAGGAAUGUCGAUAUUGUGGUCAACUUUGAUUUCCCAAGAAGUGUAAAGAACUAUAUCCAUCGUAUUGGUAGAACAGCCAGAGGAAACAACAAGGGUAUUGGUCUGUCAUUCAUCACUGAUGAUAACAAUGAUCUGUUGUCCAAGGUACAGAAGGAGAGAGGACAGAGUGGCUAUCACUUGAAGCCAUUCGAGUUCAAGAUGAAUGCCAUCGAGGGAUUCAGAUAUCGUGUCGAGGAUGUUAUCAACACAAUCAGCAAGAAGGAGGUGGCUGCCGCCAGAAAGAAGGAGUUGGAGUUGGAAAUCAUCAACAGUGCAAAGCUAAAGAGUCACUUUGAAGCCAAUCCAAAGGAUUUGGAGGCACUGAAGCAUGAUGUACCACUGCUCAAGAGGAAGGUUGCAAAGAAUCUUCGUAUCAUUCCAGAUUACUUGUUGCCAGAGGCGAUGAAGUCAUCUGCCAACUCUAGACUGCAGGUCAUUCGCAGAGAGAGACCAGCUAACAGCAACAACAACAGCGCGGCAACAAAGAAGAAGAAUGAUAUAUUGAGCAAUUUCCACAAGAAGAAGAAUCAACAGAAGCAACAGAAGCAGUUUGAGCAGCAGUCAAAGAAGAGAGCCGAUCCAGAUCAACUUGUCAGACAGUAUCAGAUCAAGGAGAACGAUGUCAACAGCUCUGGUGGUCUCAAGUCAACCAAGAAGCUCAAGCUUAACAAAUAA